AGACUCCAGUUCCCAGCGCCCCAGGCCGGGCAGCCGCAGUCCGAGCCGCCGCUUCUCUUCCAGCCUUGUCAGCAGCGCAGCGCGUCGGGAUCGCCGCUGAGCUCGGAGAGGGAGAGAGGGAAAAGAGAAAGACGACCAGCUCAGCAUGGCCGGCCGGGCGUGGGUCGGGCGGCUGCGCUGAGCACUCGGGGCCGGGCGUGCUCGCUCGGCGGCUGCGCUUAGCCAGAAAUACAGAAAGUGACGCUCCUGCUGCUGCUGCUGCGCCCCCGAAGGAUGCAGGAGGCGGCGAUGGUGCUGGCCGGGGGCUGCCCCCCUCCUUCCCCGCCGCCGCCGCUGCUGCUGCUGCAGUGCUAGAGUCCUCGUCUCCCUCCUCCUCCUCCUCCUCCUCCACCACUACCUUCUACCUGGAAGAAGAAGGGCCAUGUAACCGCCUCCCUCCGCCUCCCCCAGCCCGGGAUAGCCACCGAUCUCCCCAGCUCUCCCUCUCCUCCUCCUCCUCCUCUUUCCCGAGCCCGUCGCGGCGCUCUCUGGCCAAGGGCGCAACCAUGAAGAAGCAAUUCAACCGCAUGCGGCAGCUCGCCAACCAGACCGUGGGCAGGGCUGAAAAAACGGAAGUCCUAAAUGAAGAUCUCUUGCAGGUGGAGAAGCGUUUGGAGUUGGUGAAGCAGGUCUCCCACAGCACACACAAGAAACUGACAGCGUGUCUUCAGGGUCAGCAGGGAUCGGAUUCUGAUAAGCGCUCGAAGAAAUUGCCUUUGACAUCGCUAGCCCAAUGCUUGAUGGAAGGUUCUGCUAUUCUAGGGGACGACAGCUUGCUUGGGAAGAUGCUGAAGUUAUGUGGGGAAGCAGAGGACAAGCUUUCUCAAGAACUCAUCCACUUUGAGCUGGAAGUUGAACGGGAUGUGAUUGAGCCGCUCUUUGUAUUGGCUGAGGUAGAAAUCCCCAAUAUCCAAAAACAGAGGAAACACUUAGCGAAAUUAGUUCUGGACAUGGAUUCGUCAAGGACAAGGUGGCAGCAGUCAGCCAAAUCUUCAGGUUUGUCAAGCAACUUGCAGCCUUCGGGUGCCAAAGCGGAUGCUCUCAGGGAAGAGAUGGAGGAGGCAGCAAACAGAGUGGAGAUUUGCAGGGAUCAGCUCUCAGCUGACAUGUACAACUUUGUGGCCAAAGAGAUAGACUAUGCAAACUAUUUUCAGACGUUAAUAGAAGUGCAAGCAGAGUACCACAGGAAGUCAUUAGCACUUUUGCAGAAUGUGUUGCCUCAGAUCAAAGCACAGCAGGAAGCUUGGAUUGAAAAGCCCUCCUUUGGGAAACCCCUGGAGGAGCACCUAGCUGUCAGUGGCCGGGAGAUUGCUUUCCCCAUCGAGGCGUGUGUCACUAUGCUCCUGGAGUGUGGCAUGCAGGAGGAGGGCCUAUUCCGGGUGGCCCCUUCAGCCUCUAAACUAAAGAAGCUUAAGGCAGCUCUUGACUGCUGUGUUGUGGAUGUUCAGGAGUACUCAGCCGACCCCCAUGCCAUUGCAGGGGCACUGAAGUCCUAUCUUCGGGAAUUGCCAGAACCACUCAUGACAUUUGAACUCUAUGAAGAAUGGAUCCAAGCCUCAAACAUCCAGGACCAAGACAAGAGGCUGCAGGCCCUGUGGAAUGCCCUUGAGAAAUUGCCCAAGCCCAGCUACAACAAUCUAAGGUACCUGAUCAAAUUCCUUGCACACUUAACAGAGUACCAGGAUGCAAACAAAAUGACCCCAAGCAACAUAGCGAUUGUGCUGGGGCCUAACCUUCUCUGGCCUCAGACAGAAGGAAACAUCACUGAGAUGAUGGCAACUGUCUCCCUGCAGAUUGUUGCAAUUAUUGAGCCCCUCAUCCAGCAUGCGGAUUGGUUCUUUCCAGGAGACAUUGAGUUCAACCUGACCGGGAACUAUGGCAGCCCUGUGCAUGUGAACCACAACGCAAAUUACAAUUCCAUGCCAUCGCCUGAUAUGGACCACGCCGACCGCAAGCAUCCUGACCAGGCCCGGCGACCGCUUAGCGUGGCCACAGACAACAUGAUGCUGGAGUUCUACAAGAAGGAUGGCCUUAGGAAAAUCCAAAGCAUGGGCGUCCGGGUGAUGGACACCUCAUGGGUGGCUCGCAGAGGCACCUCCAUAGUUCGUAAGGCAUCCUCCACCCCUCCUGCCAUGCAGCCCCCCGCUCCGCCUUCCGAUCUUGCUGCUACUCCUCAGUCACCAAUUCCUGAGCAAUCUCUUGACAUUUCAGCUACUCCCUCCCCUACUCCAACUAGCUUCGGUUUCCCGCCAGGGGCGGAGAGAGCAAGCACGGAUGGUGUGUCGUCUAGUUGGUCGGAUUCCUGUUACAUCUACCCAUCCCCUGAGGACGACAAGCCUCCCCCAUACCCCUGCUACUCAUCCUUCCACCACCACCACCCCAAGACUGGCCCAUGCGCUAGGCCGGAGCCCCCCUUGCCGCUGUACCGGUGGCCAGGGUACAGCCAAACGCUGCCUCCCCCUUCCUCCUCCUCCUCUUCUUCCUCUCCCUCCCCUCAGCAGCUUGACAUUAACUCUAACCCAAAACCGUAUUUCCUGCACCUCCCUAAGCAGAGCUCCUUCACAGAGUUGCAUGGUCCUGAGACUAACCUCUCCUCCGUCUACAUGAAACCCCCCCUCACCUUAUCCAAACCCGAUCCUCCUGGCACUCCUUACAACUCCCAUAUGUCAGUCUCUCCCCCCUGGGUCAGCUGCACCUGUGCCAGAGACAGAGGAACCGGGCUCACUAGCACACUAAAAACCAAGGAACUCUCUCCUGUUUCUGGGCAGAAAGGGAGCCCAGUUUGUGGCCCUGCAGCACCAUGUGGGACCACACAGCAGUUGCCUGGUCUCACACAGCAGCUGUCCACAGAACAGAGCCCACACACUCUGCGGAAAGUUUCAAAGAAGCUGACCCCCAUCCCUGCCAAGGUUCCUUACGGCCAGUCAGGUGGUAUGUCCGAUCAGUCUACGGGGCAGCCGUCCCCUGCCAGCCUUUCUCCCACCCCACCAAGCACCCCAUCACCCUAUGGACUGAGUUACCCACCAGGCUACUCCCUGGGCUCGGGCCCACUCUCCCCGGCAGCUGCUCCUUCUCUGUCUUCUCCUCCUUCCCUGACGAGCACUUUAACCAAAUCUCGGCCCACCCCUAAGCCACGACAGAGGCCCACGCUGCCACCUCCACAGCCUCCCACAUCAAACGCAUCCGGCUCUAGUCCGCAGUCCAUGGAGCACACAGUACUUGACGGCAUGUCCCCCGGGGAGAGCAUGUCCACAGAUCUUGCCCACCUUGAUAUCCCUUCCAUCCAUGUAGAGGUUGAUGCCACACUCCACCUGGACCCACUGGGACAAGUCCAGAGACAUCCGGUACAAGGAAAAAUCAAUUCGGAGGAGGAUUCGGAAAGCACCGCCCUAUGACACAAAAGCCCCUUGUCCCUCUAAUGUGCUCUCUUGUACAUAUCGGUGCCCCAUGAACACUACAGAAGGCGAUGUUGUCCAGAGACCUUGUCCAGGGCGGGCGGGCGGUCUCUCUCCUGGAGUUCCACUUGCCAGCCCCUUUGUGCAAGACUUGACAGACCUGUGGGCCUGGUGCUAACCCUGGCGAAAGGGCAUUGCUGGUGCAAUUUCCAAUUUAUUUAUUUAUUUAUUUUGUCUCCUGUUUGUUUAGCCUUAUCCAAAUUUUGCCUUUUUGACGUGGUGCCUAUUUAUCUCCCUUUCGAGCUUUUUUGGACCCUCAGACAAAGAAUUAAGUCCCACCAGCCCUGUUGGGGAAUUCUGGUGUUGUGCACAGGGCAGAGAGAAUCAGGAGCGUGGCAGGCUGCUCACCGGCUGAACUCCACCGAAGGCACCCACUGGGUUUUUGGCUUACUGACCUUGGCAGUGUCUUUUGUUCCUUCUGCCUCCUGCUUUUGCUCCAGCUGUCCUUACUCUUUCCGCUCCAUCUGUGCUGCUUCGUGUAUCUAUCUCUUCCUUAUAGAUUGUGGCCAAGGAAUGCUUGUUUUAGAAGCUGAGUGGUGGGGAAGAGAGAGAAAGAGACCCACACACACUAGCAGCAUAUACUUAUAUUUUCUUUCAGUCUCUGAAAUCCUGAUUUCUGAAAUAGCCAGAUACAGCCUUGUGAGUCUCUGUGUAUCCACAAGCCUCUAAAGGGAAUGGGUGUCUGGCCUUCUCAAAUCCUUUACCUUUCCAUUUCCCCCCUCCCCUUCCUUCUUUCAUUGGUGUUUCCUUGACUCCUCCUGGGGAGAGAAGCUAGUAGAUGGAAGAGGGGUCACUCUUGGGGUGGGGGAACGCAGGUGUUUGGCAGCGGUCAGAAGCUGGAGGGAGUGGUAGCUGUUGAUAUGGGUGAGUGAUGGUCUCCUGUAUGCCGGGAAGCAGUUACUCAAUUAGCAAUAAAAGUGUUCCUAAGCAUACCUGCCCUCCCUGCAUUGUGCUGCCAGAAGUGGAACCUGGCCGUGUGGAGUUCUUGUUCACCAGCGUCACGGGCUCAUUUCCCCCCUUCUCUCUCUGCUGUGGGCCCCAUGUCUUGGCAGCAGGGAAAGGGGGAGACAAAUACCACCAACAGAAUAUAUGUUUAUAGUGGCCCGAUUGCAGCUCCCCGUUGUUGUUUAGCCCAGGGUUCGACUGAGGACGGCAAAGCUCUCAACUGUGCAUGCAAAGGCAGGUGUAACCUUUUAUCCUUUUAAAAAAAGAAAUGAGAGAGAUAUAUAUAUCUGUUGAGAUAGAUAUAUAUUUGUAUAUAUAUAUAAAAGUCUAUAAAUAGAUAUAUAUAUAUUUGGUUUAUUUGGGGCCAUUCCAUCUGAACGGGUGUACAAAUGUACAAUGUAAAUUUAAAAGCUUAUCAUUAUUCUUCCAACACAGGCAUAACACACACAGACCUUUCCCACCCUUGGAUUUAUGAUAAAUGUCUCCAAACACCCUCGUAUUUUUUUGUGUGUGUAUGUGUGUUUCCCCACCCCAGCAGUGUUUUUGCAAGUCUGGGUGCUCUUGCUUUACCACAGGCUGUGAUAAUGUGUGGUUCAUCACUCAAGGUGGAAGAGGCAGGGAAACAAGUGCAGAUGGUUGUUAGAAAGGUGGGGGGGGCUCUUUCCAAUUCCAGUCACUUGGUGUAUUUGCUGCUCAAGCAGGGGGCAUUGCCGAUUGGCAUCUUGUGCUGCAUCUUGAAAUUACUGGCAAGACAGACCCAUCCCAAGCACUGAGCAGCUCCUUUCUCGGGGAGGGUCUCCUGCUUUCUCCAUUUCUGCCCCCACCCUUCCACUUCCCCAAUAUAUGGUCUCAUUAAAGUACAAUUAAUGACUUUUGUGGUA